AUGGCAGGGGUGGGCUGCGCGGAUGGCAAUGGCUUUUUCUCAUUGGGGGGGGUCUUAACCUGCCUUUUGGGUAUUGCCGCCUACCUUUAUUUCCCUCACAAUGCCGCUCGACCAAAAGAUUUGUUUGGCAAAUCCUUCUCACCUUUCACCUCCCGGGAGGCCUCUGUCCUUGUUACUCGAAUCAUUGAUAAUGACCCAACGAAAGCGCUCAGGUACGGAAAGGCCCUGUUACCAUUUCACAUCCUGCAGACUUUCGGUGACUGGAGAUUAUAUGGCCAUCUUGUGGCUGCACUACUAUCAAUGGUCAUGAUUUCGCCGAUUAAUACUUAUGCGCCUUCAAUCAUUGAGUCCCUGGGCUUUACAUCGCUGCAAGCAAAUGGUCUUAACUCUGUGGGCAGCAUAGGUGCAUUGAUCUGGUCUGUGUCGCUUGCAUUCAGUAGUGAUAAGUUCCAGGAAAGUGGACUUCACAUAGCCAUUGGAUACCUGUGGGGAGCUAUUGGCCCUCUGUGGCUUGCCCUUGCCCCAGAGAAUGUCGGGAAAUAG